AUGUUGAAUCGUUUUGGUGAUAUUGAUGUUUCAUUUAAGAGACUUUCACCUAUCUAUGGUUACCGCAGUGAAGCAGUCGUUCCAAUAGAAACAGCACUGGCACCUAUCGAACCUCAAAUUAAUCAACUAUCCAAUUACAUAAAGCUAGCUAAACAAUAUUGCCAUUUUCCAUCAGAACAUGGAUUAACACAUGAUGAGUCGGCUGCUAUUUAUAUAUAUACAAUGGAAUGGGGCGGGACUACAUUGUAUGUUGUUUUAAAUUCCGCAUUACGAUCUGAAAACCGUCAGGCAUUAAAGAUAUGGUUUCCAUAUUUAAAAUUAUUUGAUAUAGCGUUGGAUAAAUUGCCUACUGUUAAAGAGGUAGUAUGGAGAGGCGUACCUCUUGAUAUUGGUAAAAAUUUUACCAAAAACCAAAUUGUCACGUGGUGGAGUGUUAGUUCAUGUUCUUCAUCAGUUAGCGUUAUUAAAAAUUUUCUUGGAAACGCUUCAAAUACAACAUUAUUUCUGGUUGAAGCUGUUAACGGAAAAAAAAUUUCUGGAUAUACGCAGUAUGAAAAUGAAAAUGAAAUUAUUUUACGAAUGGGCUCGCAAUUUCAUGUAAAAAGCGAUUCUUUGGAUCAAUCAAAUGGCUCACAUGUCGUACAUCUAAUUGAAAUAGAUAACAAAAGUGAACAAACUAUUGUACCGAAUUUGAACGAGAUGCAUCUGACUGCUGAAUCAUCCGAUAAAAAGUCUAUAGGUAAGCUUUUUGUACUUCAGUUGCCAUUAGGGGUGUUACUUUUUCGUUAUUGA